AUGGCAUCCUCGCGCAAGAGGCCUAGGGCCGAACCCGAGGACAACCGGGCUGAAUGCCCGUUCUCCGUCAAGACCGUCGAUCCCAAAGACAAGGAUCAAAAGAAAAAGAAGCGGCGGCGAACUGAAUCAGGCGAGGAAGAGGAUGUUACCCAGAAAGUACCCGUACAACUGUCGCCCUUUACGCCGAGCGGCAAGUUCAAAACGCACGAGACAAUGGACCUCUACUACCAGGUCGAGCCGUCUAAGAAGUGGACAGACAUGACGAGAUACAAUAGCUUCGUCCUCAAUGGGACGAAGUAUUUCAGCGAAGGGUUUAUCUACGUUGCGAACGAGUCAACCAUCGAACGGCAAAAAGCUGUCAACAACAAUGAGCCAGUCCAGCCUCGGAAGAAGUCGGAUGACGAUUGGGUCGCCCGCAUCCUGGAGAUCCGGGCAAGUGACGAACACCACGUGUAUGCGCGGGUCUACUGGAUGUACUGGCCCGACGAGCUCCCGCCGGGGACGCACGACGGCAAGAAGAUAGUGCAGGGCCGCCAGCCGUACCACGGCAUGAACGAAUUGAUCGCCUCCAACCACAUGGACAUUAUCAAUGUCGUGAGCGUCACGUCUCAAGCGCACGUGAAGCAAUGGUACGAGGAGAACGACGACGAAAUACAAAACGCGUUGUAUUGGAGGCAAGCAUUUGAUGUCAGGACCUACGAGCUUUCGUCGGUCGAGCUAGUUUGCAGUUGCAAUACCCCGGGGAACCCCGAUAAGUUGCUGAUCGGCUGCACGACGGAGUCCUGUAAAAAAUGGAUGCACGAACAAUGCAUCAUCGACGACGCGCUCAAGGCAGUUUAUAAACGGUUGGGCACCGACAAACCACACGUGCCGCCUUCGCCCCCAGCAACAGCUAAGAAAGAGGAGUCUGGGGACGAGGGCAAGCGGCCGUUGAGCCCAACCGAAACCGGCGCUGAGGGCUCCACGGAACACUCCAUCGACGUUAAGGCCGAGUCGGGGCCAUCGGAUGCCGUUGUAGUCAAAGACAACGUCGAAGUCGGGCAAGCGGCCGAUGACGAGGAUGCACCGGCCGCCCCGGAGGAUUCCCUCCCUAUGCGACCUGCCGAUCAGCAGCGCACGGCGAGCGAAAACACGACGAGGACAGACACGCCGGACAAGCACACUGUGGGCGUCGCUACGAGCAAGCCCACGCCGGGCCGGAAGCCGGGCCGGCCGCGAAAGAAGGCCCCAGAAGCCAACGGCGACAGCGCGCGGCCAUGGGAGGGCUUGUUCAAAGCGGUGCUGAAGACGGCAGAUUUGGCUCCACCACUGAUAGAGAUCGAGGAUCUCCGCGAGAGCGUGGUCGGCGGGCAGAAGACUUGGACGGAGCCGGUCAAGUGUCUGCUUUGCGGCAACCAAGUCAAUUAG